CUGACAAAUACCCAUGUCACUCUUUCCCAACGUUACUAUUUCCUUCCCACUCUCCACUAGCUGCCACCACAUGUAUCUCCAGGUGUCCUUGAGUGUAUAGUCCCGGAUUUGCCCCUCUCCUUGUUACGCCUACCAUAGGUGAGUUUUAUGGGAGGCCUAGGCUGUUGUAUGACAGUUCAUAGUGUAUUUGUACCAAAACUUAAAAUUGUUCCCUUGCUAUUGAAAGUAAGUUGUCUACCCUUCAUCGUCAAUGCAAGUUCCGAAACCGUCAGAUGAUGUCAUUGUAUCGACUUCCAGUUCAGUAAUACAGUCUUUUUCAGGUCCAACUUCUGCUGCAUUGGCUCCAAAAGAAUCUCUACAAAUAAGACUAGGGCUCUCAGAGUCAUUUUACUGAAAAUAACCAAUGUAUCCUGGUGGGUUUACAGUUGAGGUAACUACUUUGUCUCCUAGAGCAACGGAAAAAGAUGUGCGCGACUUUUUCUCACAUUGUGGUGCUAUUGAACAUCUUGAAAUUAUCAGGACUGGUGAAUAUGGGUGUACUGCUUACGUGACAUUCAGAGAUGCUUAUUCUUUGGAAACUGCUGCCUUACUCAGUGGAGCCACGAUUGUUGAUCAACGUGUUUGCAUCACUCGUUGGGGAUCUUAUGUAGAUGAAUAUGAUCCUUUUAAUGAUGCUUCAUGGAGAAGAGCAGAUACCUCCAGUGACUCGGAGUUUCAGAGUAGACCAUUUGUUUCCUCCCCUGGAGAAGCUGUAACAGUGGCCCAGGAAGUUGUCACGACCAUGAUUGCCAAGGGUUACGAUUUAGGCAAGGAUGCAUUGACCAGGGCAAAAGCUUUUGAUGAGUCCCAUCACGUUUCAGCUGCUGCAGUUGCUAAAGUGUCUGAGCUUAGCAAUGCAAUUGGUCUUACGGGCAAAAUCUAUGCAGGCAUGGAAGCUGUAAAGUGUGUGGAUCAAAAGUACCAUGUGUAUGAAACAACAAGAUCAGCCGCUUUGUUCACUGGAAGAACAGCAGCUUCGGCUGCCACUGCUGUUGUUAACAGCAGUUAUUUCUCUAAAGGCGCUCUUUGGGUUUCUGAUGCUCUCAGCCGAGCAGCCAAAGUAGCAGGUGAUAUGGGUACUGGAGCCGAUAGAAAAUAAACUUGGGUCCUUUGGUUAGCGUGUAGAAAUGUAUAUCAUCCCUAUAUUCAAUAGAGGAAGUGCUAGUUAAUCACUGAGAUUUGUGAUAAAUCACUUCCAAAGAAAUCUCCCUUUUAUUUACACCUCACCAAAACCCUCCUAUUGAGUGAGGAAAGUAUACGAAACAUCACUGAGAUUUGGCACUGUUAACAAAUUUCAGUGAUCAUCCUAUUAUCUUUCAUAUUCAAUAAAAUAUUGGAAUAGCAUGUGGAAACAUGAUCUGUUGGUAUAUAUUGACAUCAAAGUUGCAUAA